AUGACGAUCGCGGGCGCCAUGGACAAAGAUAAGCCACGACCCACCGUCAGGAGACCAGACGUGUUGAAGAAACUCAACGCGGAGAGUCUACUCAUCUUAGAGAGGGGGCUAGGCGAAAUACCGCACAAGUUUAGACCGAAACCUAACGUACCGGUCCGCGGUAAUUCAACUCAGCUUGUGGCGCGACAACCGAGUUUUCUCUCCGCUUGUUUACCAACCAUCCCACAAUCACCAACGGCCGAAACCCCCGCGUCUUCAACAUCGUCCGAAGAUGAAAGCGUUUCACCCAUAAAAAAGAGCUUCAGUUUUCGUGACAGAAUAUCACGCAUUAACUUCUUCGGCAAAGAAAAAGAUAAAAUGGACAAGCCGAAAUGUAAAACCAUUGAGGAAGACGUUAAAAAGGACUUUAAAAAGGAAGUUAAGUCUCCCACCAUGUCCGCUCGCGUAUUCAAACAUGACUAUGACCAGAAAAACAGUAAGCGAUUCUGGUUUUUCAGAAACAAAGAAAUAAAUGAGAAGAAACGGCCUUCCCACGUUUACGUUAGGAGUAAAAGUUUCGAGUUUUUACCCAGAGCGGCCGAGGAAGCGGAAGAGGAGAAAAAGCCCGAGAAAAACAAACGGAGCCUGAAACACAGUUUAUCAUACGUGUUCUCCAGCUCCGAGUCCCUUGACUCGUUGUCUUACGAAAGUUCAGAUUUCCCAUCCAACGUCUCCUACGACAACGAUGACGGUGUUUUCCUGAAAAGUAUCAAAUCAUCAAAAGAGUCCGAAUCCUCGACCAAUACCAACUCUAGUAUGUCCCUGGUGACUUCCACGUCCAGCGGCAUCGUUGUCAACAUGUUCAAAACACAAUCAGUUCAGGAUAUCAUGAACGAGUUUCACAAAACCGUGGAAAUGUUUAGUGAAAGUUACAUGAGUGAUAGUGAACCGUAUACCAAGUCUGGUGGGACCCAGCUAUCGGUUGCCGCAAGGCGAAAGAGUUCAUCCUUCACCAGCAUACCCUCCCCCAAAAUAAUGCAAGUGAAAAAAGUGGAUGACAUCAGUGAAGAUUUUAAGAAAGAGUUGAACCAAGUGUUGUCUGUGAAAUGUGCUAGUUGUGUUAAUCCGAAAGCCAGUCCGUGUAGGCGAGGAUCCGUUACCGAUUGGUUUGUUCUAGAAGAUAAAGCGGCAGCACCAACGGCUGCGCACGAGGAGAACAAAUACAGAAGGGCACAGAAGAAGCCGGUCAACAGAGUGAGAAGAAUCAGCUCUACAAAAUACGUAAGUUUACAUUAA